AUGACCAAAUGACCAUUAGCAAGUGUAGCAAACUAGCAACGCCUAAAUCAAAGAACUUGAUAUUCCAAUACAAAAUUCAUCUUUCAAAAAUCUCUUCUUCGCAAAACCCUUACACUUCUUCUCCCGCUCUCUCUCUCCUCCAUUCUUUCCUCCUCCCAAAUGUUCGAUCCCAGAAAACUCUCAACCAAAUCUCACCCCCAAAUUCCAUCAUUCUAAAACCCUAAUUUCCAAUAAUUUCCGAUUUUGCAAGCAUCAAUCAUGCCGUCAUUCCUCUCCGACGACGAAUUCGAGCGAUUCAAAGCCUCCGGCGACGCUUCUGCGGUGGCGGAGAAGGCGGAUUCCUACAUUCGCGACCUCUACGCCAACCUCGAGACCGUCAAAGCCGAAGCCGAUGCCGCCUCCAUUACUGCCGAGCAGACUUGCUCGCUCCUUGAGCACAAAUACCUUUCACUGUCGUCCGAGUUCUCUGCACUCGAAACUCGCUAUUCGGAGCUUGAUUCUAAUUUGCUGCAACGAGUUUCGGAGCUUGCUCAAGUUCAGUCUAAUAAACAUCAGCUUCAUCUUAAAUUCAUCGAAAAAGAUGGAGAGAUUGAAAGGCUAUCAAUAGAGGUGAAGGAGCUGCAAAAUUCAAAGAGGCAAGUAGUGGAAUUAGUAGGAGUGAGGGAUGAAGAGAUCAGUGAGAAAAAGGCUACUAUCAAGAGUUAUCAUGACAAGAUUACAAGCUUGACAGAACGUUCUUCCCAGAGGGAAGCUAAGUUGAGUGAGCUUGAGGCAGAGUUGAUGCGCUGUAAGGCUAACUGUGACAAACUAUCGCGAGAGAAGGAGCUUAUUGAAAAGCACAACACUUGGCUUAAUGAGGAAUUGACAGCAAAAGUUGAUAGUUUGCUGGAGCAGCGUAGGAAAUGUGCAGACAUGGAGGCAGAUUAUUCGAUGAAAUUAGCUGAUAUGGAAAAGCAGUACAACGAAUGCUCUAGUUCUUUGAGUAGGCAUAAGGAGAUGGUCAGAGAGCUUGAAUCAAAGGUAGAAAAUUUGCAUCGAGAAUUAUGUUCAGCCCGAGAUGAUGCUUCUGCUUCCGAGCAACAAUAUGCAGCAGAAAUUUCAACAGUUUCCAAACUUGCUGAUCUGUACAAGGAAAGUUCUGGAGUGGUCCAAAAAGGCUGGAGAGUUGGAGGGUGUGAUAAAGGCUUUGAAACACAUUUAAGUCAAGUUGAAAGUGAUUACAAAGACAAGCUUGAGAAGGAAACUGCUGCUAGGAAGGAGGUGGAAAAGGUGUCUGCAGAGUUGAAGGAGAAACUUGAAAAAUGUGAAGCCGAACUUGAAUCAAGUAGAAGAGAGAACGAGCUGGAUAAUCUCCCUUUGAGUAGCUUUACCACCGAACGGUUGACAUAUCCUUCCAACACAAAUGAUUUUACUGGAGAUAAUCUAGCAAUUGUACCUCAUGUCCCAGCAG